ACUUCACAAUAUCUGUCUCUUUACACAUCGAGACAGUGCACUUUAACUGAGGCACGACGUUGAACAACUCUCUGGUCAAAACUCCCAAAGUUCCACCUGGAGGAAUUCCACCCGCUCACCGAUCACAGCGACCGAUCACAAUGUAUCGAUCAACGAAAGGAGCAUCCAAGGCUCGGCGGGACCAGAUCAAUGCCGAGAUCAGAAAUCUGAAGGACUUGUUGCCCAUAUCUGAUGCAGAUAAAGCGCGGCUCUCCUACCUGCACAUCAUGUCACUUGCCUGCAUGUAUAGCAGAAAGUCCGUCUUCUUCACUCAAGAAGCGGCAAGUGUCGAGGAGGUCUCAAGGUUUCUAUCUUUUCACGAGCUGUCGGAGUUGAUGCAGGCUCUACCAGGCUUUUUGAUGUUGGUCACUGGAGAGGGGAAGCUCCUGUACUUGUCAGACAGUGUCUCCGAGCACCUAGGACACUCCAUGGUGGAUCUUGUUUCACAAGGGGACAGUGUUUAUGAUAUCAUUGAUGCCUCUGACCACUUUAUAAUGAGGAACAACCUGUCAUCCACUACAACACUUGAGAUGGAUCGUCUCUUUCGCUGUCAUUUCAACACCUCCAAGUCCGUGCGGAGGCAGAGUGCUGGAAACAAACUGGUUCUGAUCCGAGCUCGCUGCCUCUCUGCCCCCUCCACCUCCCCCGCAGCCGGGUCCUACUGGGCCUCAAACCCUGUGUGGGUGUGUUUCUGCUCUCCUCUGGAGCCACAGCCGACCCGCUCCAGCCCUGGGGCAGAGAGGGAGUUGACCUCCACCCUUCCCCCAACCGAGACUGACUUUUUCCUGGCUUGUUUCCACUCUCAGCACGCUCGCGACAUGAGACUGCAAGCAGCACAGGACAGUGUGAGUGCCUAUCUUGGCUUUGAUGUGACAGAUUUACGCUCUCGCUCUUGGUACAGCCUUCUCCACCCACAGGAUCUGCCACAUGCUUCUGGUCAGCACCAUAGCCUAUUGAGAGAAGGAGGAGAGGGAAGAACCGAAAUGGUGGUGCGUGUGCAAGCUCAGGAUCAGUCUUGGGUUUGGCUCUACAUGGUACUCCAUCUGCAGUCUGGAGACAUCCCCAUUUGGAGUAACAACUACGUCAUCAGUGACUCUGAGGCCUGGUCAGUGCGUCAACAGCUCACCUCAGAACAGACCCAGCUGACUCUAGUCCUGAGUGUUGGCACCUCUCAGCAGGAGAGCAUGAGUCUGCAGUCUCCAGAGACUCUUUCCAGCCCAGACCAGGUGUUCACACCCGGCAGCAGCGGCUUGUCGGCCCAGUCCUUUGACUUCAGCACUGCAGGCUGCAGCGUCGGCUCCUCCGAUGAACCUGGGAGCUCUGUCGCUGAAGCCAUGCAAGUGGAGGGAGACCCUCGCUCCAGUAUCUCCUCUCUGGAAGAGGAAAGCUUCUUUCAGCAGCAUCCUACUGAAACCCCAUCAGCUGCUUCCUCGCCCACUCCAGUCACUGUUGAAACAGUAGCAGACUUAGACUUUUUAACCCAGAACAUUCUCCUGCCACCGUCCUUCCAGCUGGACCCUCCGGUGCCAGUGCUCCCCCUUCCUCUUCCUCCUGUGCCCACUUCACAAGCUCAACAAACCAAAGAGUUUGCGUGCACUCCUCCAUACACCCCCCAGAUUGGCGGGCCCAGCUUCCCAUUCAGUGAACCCCUCUUCAGCUUUGAUCCAACUGGUACUACCACUCCUCCACCCUCUGCUACAAGUGCCACUACUACCACCUCAUUGGCUCCCUCAGCAUCUUCCACAGCCCCACCAACUACCGCCUCUAGCCCUGCUCCUCCCACUACUCUCUCAACCAAGAUCCCCCUUGCAUUGCCUACCCUCUCUACUGACCUCCUUUUUCCUGUGGAGGCCUGCAGUGGCUCCCUGUAUGAAAAGCUGCCCCCUACCCCUGACAGCCCCGGAGAUGGGGACUGUACCGUGAUGACCCUGCCUGAGGUGAGGGGUCCACUGUAUGUUGACGUACCACUGGGACCCUUCCAGUGCCCCCCUGAAGGCCUCCUUACCCCAGAGGCGUCUCCUGGUAAACAACCCUGCCUCUCUUUUUUCUCCCUUGAAAGGGAAAAGGAGAGAGCAGAAAUAUCCCUCUUAGCUCAACACAUCAGCUCGUUGGCUGAGGGUUUCUACCUGGAUCCCCUCUUGUCCAAGCUCUCUCCUCCUUCAUUAUCUCCCUCAUCUUCCCCUCCCUCCCCCUUCCUGUCUCCAGCAGUAGAUCCUGCUGAUUCAGUCCACAUGCUUAGGGAGUUUUAUCCCAUUAAAGCAUGGAGAGGUCUGGACAUUCCCUUCUUCCUUGACAAUGAUGACUCUCUGUUUGAAGAGAGCAUCUUAGAAACCCUUCUGGAAGAUGACUUUGCUCCUUCCCAGACACCCGACGUCUCCUCCCGUCGCCCCUCGACUUCCCCUGUACCCAACCCCUCAAGCCCAACCUCUUCUCCAAACCCAGUGUGCUGGUGCCAACCCUCCCCGUUUGAGGGAGUGGGCCACGUCUGUAGCGUCCAAUCGGCGCAAUGUAACUCCAUGGCUGGGUGCGGGGCGACUGUGGCUGAUGAGGCCGGGGUAAAGGUGGAAGGGGAGGGGUUGAUGGAGGAAGCAAUGGAGAUCGAGGUGGUGUCAUCUCCUGUGUCCUCUUGCUCCUCCAUUCCAGCUUCCCCUCCCCUCAUCCUCACUUCCUCCCCGAAUCCCCCAACCUCCACGCCCAUCGCCUCGCCCAUGCCCGCCGUGUCUUGCACUCAGUCCCUCCUGGAGGAACUGGCCGUCCUGGAACCCAUGUUUGGGGCAGGUGCCUCGAUCGCCCCUGGCUUAGGGCAACAACCUGAGUUGUAUCAACUCCAGUGUCAUCCAUCGCCACAGUGCUUCCACAAAGAUGGGAGUGGAAGUGUUCCUCCGUUCUAAAAUAAGUCUGUGACUUACUUCAUUAAGUAUGGCAUAUUGUCAUAUUUUGUGGAGACCCUUUUACUGAAAAGUAAAAAACAAUUAAGUGUAUAAAUAUACAUAAUGUAUAUAUAAUUUAAGGACUUUAACUCCUACAUGUCUCCUGAGAACAAAGAUUGGGUUUAUAUUUUUGUUCUGUCAUUUAUCUGUGUACUUAUACAAAACUGGUGCAACAACGACACAAUGGUGCAACGGCAUGGACUCAUAACUGACUGAGUUCUGAGUCCAUGUGGUGUCUCGCAGCUUCUCUGUUACAUGAGCUUCAGAUGUGAUCAGACAGGGAAACUUCUCUGAAAUCGUAAGCGCUGUUCAAUCUUUAGAUGCGCAUAUGUAUUCACUCGUAGUGAAAUUUCUGUUGUGAACAAAGACAAUGAUACAUUUCUUGCUAUUUCAGUAGGAAGUGGAAUUUUUGCACUUUUGCCUGACAUGCAGCAACGCAAACACAAAUCUCAAAUGUAUUGGAAAGUCAAAUGUUUACAAUCGUUUUCAACCUUAUGGUGAUCACAAUAAGUAGAUAAAGAAACAAAGAAAGAUUUCUUGCAUGAAAUCUUCUUUUCAGUAGUCAGGACCAGUAUCUCACUGGUCUGAAAGCAUUCCUCGUAGCCAUUAAGGCUACACCAAAUCUCACAAAUAGUACAGAAACAACUAAAUCUUAUCUUAUAUACUUUGAGCUUUGGGUUUGCAGUUUCAAGCCUUUAACAUUUAACUCUCCAUCUUAAAAUUGUGUGUAUCAAUGUGAUGUAGAAGAAAAAACAAAAAAACAACAAAAAAACAAAACAUGUGAAGAGAUCCAGGCAUGUGAAGAUCUCCAGACUGCUGAAGAUGUCUUUUGGAAAUGUGCUGGGACUCUGAUCAUGACACAUAUUCACUGCUACGCUGUACUGUAUGUGAAGACUCUGAAUGUAAGGCUCAUCGGGUCCCCCUUCCUCCCCCUGGCCAGAGGGCAGUCGGCUGGAUAUUCUUGCAGCAUCAAUAUUUGCAAUGCUGGCAGCUUAUAGCGGCUCCUGGGUGCCUGACACGGCCCUGACCUGCUGAACUCUUUAACUCUUUACCAAGUCCAUUCGACAUGGACGGUUACAUCGUUGCUCCACUGGAGCGCGGUGUAGUGAGGCACAAUUGACUAUGUGAAUGAAGCGAUUCUUCUUUUUUAAGAGGGGUUAGAAUACAAAGGUUUUGUUUUAAAAAUGAGAA